CCGAGCACGUGACCCCCUCCUCCCCGCCGGCUACAAAUGCCGCGGGGCGCGGCUGGGGAGCGCAGUGGGUGGCGCCAUGGCGCGCUGCGAGGAGCUGCAGGUGAGCGGCUACGAGCGGUGCAGCCGGGCGCUGGACGACAACCGCGGCAAGACCGUCUUCGUCUACUUCACCGGCUCCAAGAGCGCCGACGGCCGGAGCUGGUGCCCGGACUGCGAGCAAGCUGAACCGAUUGUACGGGAGGCCCUGAAAAACAUUCCUGCGGGAGCUGUAUUCAUCUACUGCCAAGUAGGAGACCGAUCAUACUGGAAAGAUCCAAACAAUGAAUUUCGAAAGAACUUGAAGAUAACUGCUGUGCCCACUCUACUUAAAUAUGGGACUCCUCAGAAGCUGGUGGAGUCUGAAUGUAGCAAGGCAGAUCUGGUGCAGAUGCUCUUUGCGGAAGACUGAUUCUCCUUUUUUUAAAUCUCCUGACUUUUUUUUUUUUUUAAACCAUUUGCUGGCUUGACACAUGAUCCCCUUAACACUUUCACAGACAUGAAUCUACUAAAAAACUGAACAGGUGUGAUGGGUGCCUGCGACCCCUUGGCUUGAAUAAACUACUUCUAAUCAA